CUCCACUCCCUAAAAUCUCUCCAACAAGCAAACCAAAUCUCUACGGAAUUAAUAUAUAUCUCUUUCCACAACUGUGUCUAUUAUCAUCCGCCGUUUCUACAAUAUUCCUUCUGCUCUGUGAAGUGUGAAGGAGCAGAGAAAGCCGUGAUUUGUUUCAAUACCUUCUGUUUGUGAAAUUUUUGCUUCUUUCUAAAGAUACUGCAGUUUUUUUACUUCUCUCACGUCGAAGAAGGAAGGGAAGGCUCAGGCGUAUAUGAUUUUGCAUCGCUAGUUUUUUGCAAGGUUUCAAUUAUCACAAUUCUCAAUUUUCUCGUUAAUCAAUCCUUGGCAGUUCAAGCUUGUCUACUUGGCGUUGUAGCUACCGUUUUUGUUCUUAAUCAAUGGAAGAAGUGGUUGUUGUACCUGAAUGUUCUCCCGAGAUGAAGCCUGUUGUAGGUCAGAUAUUCCAAUAAUUGGAUUUCGGUUUCGCUUUCUACGACGUAUGUGCCCGCGCAGUUGGCUUUGAUACGCACAAACAAGCUAUGAGGAAGGUUGAUGAUGUCAUGACCUGGUAUCAAGUUGUAUGCAAUAGGGAAGGAAGGAAGAAGGGCAAAGAGGAUGACCAGUUGAAUGCCCGUUCUGGUUUCACAAUCAAGCGUAGGAAGUUAUCUAAGCGGUGUGGUUGUACAACUAGUAUAUCCUUCAGGUUUUUCUCGGAAGAUUGCUCGUCAGGAUACAUAAUUCAGGAGUUCAAUGAGAUUCAUAACCAUCACAUGGUUGAGACGGAACAUCAGCAAUUCAUGUCAAGUAAUCUCAAGUUGGAUGAUGUACAUCAUAAAUUUAUUCUCGACUGUUCCAGGGCGAAUAUAGGACCCACACUUACAUUUAAUGUAUUGAAGGAGAUUCUUGGUGGGUUUGAACUGGUUGGUUGCACUGUUGGGGAUAUCAGGAAUGCCUCACGGGACAUCAAAGCAUAUGCACAAGGAUUUGAUGUACAAAUGGUGUUGGAUGACAUGGCUAAGAAGAAGGAGAUGUCCGAGGCUUUUACCUAUCACUACGAAGUUAACGAAUCUGACCAGUUGGUUGCUCUGUUUUGGUGUGACGGUGUGAUGAAGAGAAAUUACCACAUGUUUGGUGAUAUUGUGUCCUUCGACUCCACGUACAACACAAACAGGUACUGUAUGAUCUUCACUCCUUUCACUGGAAAGGAUAAUCAUGGUAGUCCUGUGACAUUUGCGGCCGGGUUGGUGUGCAGCGAGAAAACAGGGGCAUUUGCUUGGUUGUUCAGACAUUUUGUAGAUUGUAUGGGUGUAGCACCCAGGAUGAUUGUGACCGAUCAAUAUUUGGGUAUGCGAUCAACGAUUGAAGAAGUCCUAGUCGGCACACGUCACCGUUGGUGUAUGUGGCAUAUAAUGCAUAAAUUGGUAGUCAAGGUACCAAACAGAUUAUUGCGGGACGACGAUUUCAAAAAGGAGUUUAACGCUUGUGUUUGGUCGGACCUAUUAGAGCCGGACGAAUUCGAGGAGGAGUGGAAUAGAUUGGUCGAACAUCAUCAGCUAGAUUGGCGAUAGCAAGCCCAAUGCAUAUUUUGUUCGUCAUGACAAGACUGAUGAUACUUACUCGUGCGAAUGCAAACUUUUUGGUCGGCAUGGUUAUUUGUGCAGUCAUAUAUUUUUCUUGUUUCGAAAUAAUGAGGUGAAAAAAAUCCCGGAUAAAUACAAUGAAAGUCGAUGGAUGAAGACUCCCUUAGCCAAGGCUGUACACGGGGAGUUUCAGGAUCCCUUGCUUACCCACUCAUCCGCUGACGAUAGGCAAACUGUGUCAAAGCAGGCGAUUUCGAUGUUUUAUGGUUUUCUUAGAUAGUUUGAGACCGACAUUGAUGCUUUACGUUCAUAUGUCGCUGGCGUCGAAGAACUUGGCAACUCUCUUUAAACUGGUACUUUGACAACUUCAGUCGCUGAGAAGAGGCGUAUGGUUGAAGAGUUUUAUGGAAUGGUAAGGCCUAAAUCUGUUGCGGUGCAUCCUCCCGAUGUCGUGAAGACGAAGGGUCACGCCAGUAGCUCGGCGAGCCGUCUGAUUUCAAAGAGAGAGAAGGCUAUAAAGGAUGCCACUAGGCCUCCUAGACGGUGUAAGGCUUGCGAUGAGUUGGGUCAUCACGACUUCAGGAAUUGUCCUGUACUUAAAGAGAUGACGAUGGAGAAAGAUGCGCGGAAGGGGAAAAAUCCAGCUUGAAUCAUG